GUCUGCGACAAAAUGGGCAGUGCCAUUGAUGCUACAACCUAUAGGAAUCCCAACACAGUUGACUACUUUGACUACUGUAAAAUGGCGGAAGCAUGGUGGAAGCUCUCAAUGGCGUUGCCCAUGCUAGAAUAGAAUUUGGACCACUAGAGGCCUCUAUCAUUCUCUAUGGUUGUCCUCUAUCCUUAUGACCGCAUCCACGCCAACAGGCGGUGCUAGACAAUCCAGAAACAUCGCAGAAUGAACGAACAAGCUCAUUAACUAUCGUCUUGACAGCGCAAGAGCUCUUCGUUUUUGAAUGAGUUAUCCAUUGCCAGUGCCUGCGCACAUGAGGAUUCCGCUAAGGUGCUGAAAGGACAGCUCCUGGGAAUCAACAGAGCCGACGACAGGAAUGAUAAUCAGGAUGUUUAAAUUAAGACUCCUCAACGCUGUCGCCCCAGCAUACUUUUUCUCAGCCACAGCGGUAACCUUCAUUUUUCACUUCUGCUUUUUCAUCCCAACGAUUUUUCAAAGCCCGGGCAUCUCACUGAGAGCAUCAACUGUGAUUCACACCGCCGUUUUCCUAUACCUGAUGCUGAACGCUUUAGGUAACUAUGUCAUGACUAUAAAGUACCCCGCUGAGAGUGCAAAUGAGACCGUGAUUCCUGCAUGUUCGGCAGAUUGCUCAGAUAAAAUAGACGCCCACUACCUCCUCAACGGUCGCCACUUCUGCAAACUCUGUAAGAAAGUCAUACUCAGGAGGGACCACCACUGUUUUUUUACUGGAAACUGCAUUGGCAACAAAAACAUGCGAUACUUCAUCAUGUUCUGCAUAUACACGUCAUGCACUUGUUUGUACUCCUUGGUUCUUGGUGUGGCCUUUCUAACUGUGGAAUACAACAUCUCCUUUGAGAACCCAUUGACUUUCCUCACCCUUCUGCCCCUCUCUACUGGUUACUUCUUCCUCGGAGUUAUUUCAGGUCUGCAGUUCUUUCUGGUGUUGAUGCUAUAUGUGUGGCUGGGCAUCGGCUUGGUGUGUGCAGGGUUCUGCUGUCAGCAGGUGCUGCUGGUAGCGCGGGGGCAGACCUACUGCCAGAUGAAGCGAGGCCAGCUGGUGGAGAGCUGCAGCUCCUGGAAGGACAACCUGAGUGAUGUGUUUGGCUCCCACUGGGCGGUGGGGCUUUUCCUGCCAGUACAGACAGUGGAGGCCUUUUCAGGAGAGGUCGCUGCCCACCACCAUAAACAUGACUGAGGUUCACCAGGGUAGAGAGAACCUGGACAUCAUUCACAUGAACUACCCCCAGUGGUUCACAUAAAGAAGAUAUCAAUUGCAUACUCCUCGAGUCCUCUCUCUUCGUUUCCGUCUCAAAACCCAUUGGAUGAGAAAGCCAGAGGUCCCACCCCUCUGACCUUCUCCUCCAACGAGUUAUGAGAAGGAGACGAAGAGAGAGGACACGAGGAGUAUGCAAUUGAGAUCUUCCCAUUGACUCAUCAUCAUGCUUCCUUGUUGGGCUUGUCAGGAGGAUAGUUUAAAAUGUACAUCAAAUGAGGGAAGCCCAGAACAAACAUAAUGUGUCCAUGAUAGAUAGAUAUGCCCACACAUACCUGUUCUGACCUCUUCAUCUUAACUCGUAUACAGAAAACUGUGCUCAGCAUAUAUACACACAUAUACAUACAUAUAUA